CAUGGGUUUUAUAAAUCGUUGAUCAGAGGUUAGGUCCAUUGCAAGUACUACGUAAUUGCAAGUAAUAUAAACAAAUUUUAAUUAUGUAUCAUUGAUCGCUAUAAGUGGACAGGGGGGAACGGGGUAAAAAUGUUGUCAUUUUUACGAAAAAUUUCAAUUGGGGGGAAGAUAAGAGAUGGUGUACCAGCGAACGAUGAAAUGGAGGCUAUUGAAGGCUGUUUGGAGGCGAAAAACAACAGAAGUUUAGUUUCACGAUCCGAUACUGAACUCAAGGAAUCUAUUUAUGAUUUAUUGAGAACGAUUAAGGAUCCAGAAAAGCCACAAACAUUAGAACAAUUGGAUGUUGUCUAUGAAGACUGCGUUGAGAUUUUAAAACAAACUCCUCAAGGAGUAUCUGUGAUUCGCAUCGAGUUUAAUCCAACAGUACCUCAUUGCUCUCUGGCAACAUUAAUUGGUCUUUGCAUUAGAGUAAAAUUAGAACGUAAUUUAGUAGCUCUUUUUAAAUUAGAUAUAUAUAUUAAGAAAGGUGCACAUUCUACAGAACAAGAAAUAAAUAAACAAAUAAAUGAUAAGGAAAGAAUUGCAGCUGCUAUGGAGAAUCCUAAUUUGAGAGAAUUAGUAGAGAAAUGUAUUCAAGAAGAAGAGUGAAAGUUAAAUUUUUUAUGAUAGAUGUCAUUAAAUUGAACUUAUAAUCAAUUAUUUUUUUACAAUAAUAAUUUAUAUAAUAAAGAAGUUAUAAGUACAAGUCAGAAGUACAAUCUUAAAUUUCAAUUAUAAUUUAAAAAUAUUACAAAAAGAUAUAUUUAUUGCAAUAUGUGAAUGUAAAAAUAAUCUUACAAUUUAAAAUUCUGUUAUUCUUAAUUGUACAUAAUUGAUGGUGCUAAUAAAUAGCAUGUUUAUCAUUACUUUAAAUAUAGCAUUUUAUAUACAAAUAUAAAAUACAAAAUGUAACGAACAUUUUUAUAAAUUUAACUAUAUAAAUAUACUUCAUAUAGAAAUUUUUUCUUUUGAAAAUUAAUUUUUAUUAUCCUAAUAUAUUUAAUAAUUAUCGAAAUUAGAAUCAACAAAUAUAAUCAGACAAAGAAAGAACAAUUUUUUUAAAACAAUUAAUUACGAAUAAUGAAUUAUAGUAAUAUAAUGUAUAUAACUUUGAAAGAUUUCGAGGAAGCUUGUGCGAGUAACGGAUAGAAGGGAAACGAUUGGUGAGAGGUGCCAGAACAAGAUGGGAAUUAUCCAGGCCCCUUUCAGGCCCCCGAAGAUGCUCCCCAGACAUACUCAAGUGGGAAGAAUCUGGGUUACUCAAGCCAGAAGGGAAUGUGGGCCGGCUAUAUACCGGUUGCCUGCUCGCACACCGCAGUUCAUUCUUCUUUCUUGUCGCAAUCGACAACUCGUGAACGAGCUUCCUAUUGAAGUUGAUCGAAAAAUAUACGAAAUUACAAUUUAUACGGGAUUCACGAAAGAAAUUGCACUACCUUCUUUCAUAUCUUAAAGACAA